AUGGGAUGCAUACAGUUCGUAGCCGAAGAUGAGAUAGUAGUGGUAGAACGGUUUGGUAAAUUCGACAGACUAGCCCUACCUGGCUGCCUCUGUCUUCCUCUCCCCUGCAUUUGCACUAGUGCUGGCUCGGUCAGUGUACGUGUACGACAGCUUAAUGUACAUGUUGAGACCAAGACUAAGGACAAUGUAUUCGUCACUCUAGUCGUAGCUGUGAUGUAUGAAGCUCUUCGUGACAGAGUUUAUGAAGCUUUCUAUAAGCUCACUAAUCCUGGUACACAGAUCAACUCCUAUGUAUUCGAUGCAGUGAGAGCUUCUGUGCCAUUGCUUAAUCUUGAUGAACUAUUUGAGGAGAAGAUAAGGAUAGCCCAUCAAGUGAAGGAACAGCUGAGAAACCUCAUGGACGACUUUGGGUUCCGGAUUCAAGAGGCUUUGGUAGUUGACAUUGAGCCCGAUACCAAGGUGAAGGCAGCAAUGAAUGAGAUCAAUGCAAACCGUAGACUACGUAUUGCAUCCCAAGAGAAGGCAGAAGCAGACAAGAUAGUCACAGUUAAAAAGGCCGAGGCAGAAGCGGAGAGUAAAUUCCUACAGGGAGAAGGCAUAGCUCGUCAACGUCGUGCUAUCGUCGAUGGCCUGCGUGGAUCUGUCAGUGAGUUCAGCUCGAGGGUUGAAGGUGUUGGUCCUAAGGACGUCCUUGAAUUGGUACUCAUAACGCAGUAUUUCGAUACGUUGAAGGAUGUUGGCACCUCAUCGGAGGCAUCCACGUUGUUCCUGCCGCAUAAUCCAGGCUCCUUGGCAGACCUCAGUGCAGAGCUAAGGAGAGGUUUUACUGCUCGAUAG